UUGACGAGCAGUUUUAGGAAUAAGGAUGAGAGGCCGUUAAUUGUCUGUUUCAUCUGUCAUGCAAAACUCAAGCGGUGUAGAAGAUUACAACAACAGGCUAUUGAGUCAAAUGCAGUUCUGGAGCAGUUGCUUGCAGGAGGAUCUACGUCAAUACCAAAACCGCAUGAUGCUAGAGAUGAGAUUAAAUUCACACCAGUUUAUCAAGUAGAUAUAUGGCCAGUAGAGUGUGAUAUGAAAAAUGAUUGUCAGGACAAAAAUUUUAACCUUGAAUCUGUCAAAGUUGAGGAAGACAAUUUAGAAAAUAAGAAUUCUAAAUUUGAAGAAAAUGGGAAUCUUCAAACAGUGACUGAUGGAAAAGCAGAAGACUUGGAGAUUGAUGCUUUUGGAGAUAUACAGAUGGAUUCGGAGGACGACUUGCCACUAAUCGCAAUUAGUUCAAAGAAGAAACAGAAAUCUAAGGCCGUUAAAUUUAAAAAGAAGCGCAAAAAUAAUAAAAAAGAUGACAAUGACAUAGAUAUUGAAGCCAUUGCUAAUGAAAUCAUACUAACAGUAGAGGAGCAGAGGCAAGAGAUACUGGAUAGAGCAAGCUCGGAGAAUUAUUUGAACGCCAUGUAUAAAUGUGAGAAGUGCUACAAGGGAUUUGUCCACCCUCGUGCCUUCAGCAACCACAUGAACAGGCAUGACCAGCAUCAAAUGGAUAUAGCUCACAUUCAACAAACCAUUGCAGAUGAUAUCUAUGGCAAUGUGGUUGAAUGUUGCCUCUAA